AUGCCUCUCUUCAACGUCACACUCAAAGACAACGCCCCAGCCGACGAGCUCACCAAGGCUAAGGAAAAGGCCAAGUCCGAUGGCGGCGAGAUCAAGCAUGAAUUCACGCUCAUCAAAGGCUUCACAGUCGAAUUCCCCGAGGACAAAGUCGGCGUGCUGCAGACCAACGAUCACAUCCAUGUCGAGCAAGACGGCGAGGUGAAGACUCAGUAG